GGCACCCGGAGCGCGCUGGCCGCCUGAGCUGGGCGCGGAGCCCGGAGCCCGGAGCCGGCGCCACCCGCCCCCUGUGCGCCGGGCAGCAACCCCGGCCGCGGCAGCCCGGCUCCCGGGGAGCGCGCCCCGCCAUGGAGCCUUCGCACAAAGACGCUGAGACGGCGGCGGCGGCGGCGGCGGUGGCGGCGGCAGACCCCCGGGGGGCGUCCUCGUCCAGCGGGGUGGUGGUGCAGGUCCGCGAGAAGAAGGGUCCUCUGCGCGCCGCCAUCCCCUACAUGCCCUUCCCAGUGGCGGUCAUCUGCCUCUUCCUCAACACUUUCGUGCCGGGACUGGGGACGUUCGUCUCGGCCUUCACCGUGCUGUGCGGUGCCCGCACUGACCUCCCGGACAGGCACGUGUGCUGCGUCUUCUGGCUGAACAUUGCGGCUGCCCUCAUCCAGAUCCUCACGGCCAUCGUCAUGGUGGGCUGGAUCAUGAGCAUCUUCUGGGGCAUGGACAUGGUCAUCCUCGCCAGCUACAAGGAGCAGGGCAUCCCACAGCAGCUGUGAGCCCUCGGGAGCCCCUGAGAAGUCCAGGGUACCCGCGUGAGGGCCGCACCAGGCAGCGGCGGGCACAAGGACCUUCACAUGUUCUCUUCUGCUGUUUCCUGGGUUUGGAGUGGAAAGUGGGGAUUUUGAAAAUAUUAUUUAUUUUGAAAAUGCAUCUGCUUUUCUCGGCAGGCUCUGAGGGCUGCCAGCCCCUCCCCCUGCUCCAGAAAGCGCUGUCGGCGCAGGCACCCAGAACAUCUCGAGCGGGGGUGGGGAGUGGGAUGGAGACGGGGACACGGAAACGCUCCGACUUGCCCCCACCUUGUGUCACCCACUGCCCACUGCAAGGGCACACCGGAGCUGCCCAGGGGGCCCCGUCCGGGUGAGCAGGGCCUCACCGAGGGGCAGGACUGUGGUGGACACUUCCUCUGAGUCCCCAGCCCCUGCCAGAGUGGUCUGGGGCAGCACUAGGGCGGGAGUGAGGAUGGACAGACUCCAGCCCGGCGUGGAAAGGCCUGCUGUGGCCUCCACCAUGGCGGGGACAGAUCCUCACGGGUGUCUCCUGGCCCUGCCCCCCCAAUGCAGCCCCCACCUCCUCGCCACUGAAAUCUCCGGGCCUGGGUGUGUUUUGACAUUUAUUUUCCUGGGAAGGAGGGCGGUGGCUCCAUCCCUGGGGCAAAACCCCUGGCAUGGCCAGAUGUUCAUAAAUUACCCACCCAGGUCUGAGCAGGCACGGGCUGGCAGCCUUCCACAUUGUACUUAACACCAUUUCUGGCCCACAGUCCUUUUUCUGAAAUCCUUGGGGCUGGAUGGGCCUCUGAAUUCAGAAAUUUUGGAUCUGAGAAAGAGAAUAGGAGCCAUUUAUCCUCCAUUUUCUAACCCCCCGACAGUGUGGAACAGCGCUCUGCCAUCAAGCACAUGACCAUUUCUGCAGAGAAACAUGAAUAGUCAGACUAACUGGGAUCAAUAAAAGCUGUAAAUAGCCUCACUUCAGUUCAGGUCAGAUUUUGCCACUAAAUAAGUUAUGGAAGAAAACUUACCAUUUGAGAGCUUUGGGAUUUUAGAAUUGCAGAGAAAAAAACUGUAUGGGGUUGUGGACCUCUAUCUGAAAAUCCUUCUUGCAAACAGAUGUGUUGGGGUGACGUUGUUGGCGUUACACGGGGGUUCCUCCCAUUGCAAAGGGACCGGGGGCCCUUUAAGAUGCCCCUGUGAGUGACUGUUCUAGAGUCAGAACCCAGCGGAGGGAGAAACCAACAAGUUGUCCAGGCUCCCGCGGGUCAAGUAUCAACCUGAAAUUAAGAGAAAAGAGAU